AUGUCGAGGACGGCACUGUUGUGCGCGGUGGUGUUGUGUUCAGGGGUGCGCGCGGCAGGCGCAGUGGACCCGCUAUACUCGACGUGUCAGUAUGUGUCAAGCAACUACUGUCUGCGGGAAGGUUUGCCUUCGGAGGUAGACGGUUCGCUUGCCGGUGGCGUCGACCUUGCUGGUGGUGUUGGUGACACGAACUUAGCCUGGGGUCCUCGUGUGUUCGUGAGUGAGCCGCCGAAUACUCCCCACGCGGUCGUGGGUCGUUGGGACUUCGACGGACUGUUUCCAGUCGAUCGUAGCGGCGCGAUGAGGAAUCUGCAUCCGGUAUACAGUGCCGGUCCGGACGUGUUCGGGCUGCCUGGUGGUGCAUCCCUCGCACUCGGGGCCAGCAGCAGCGUGACCGCGGGAUUGGACGGCGUGGCAUUGGAUGCUUGGUCGCUCGGUUUCUGGUUUUUCGCCGAGGAAGACUUAAGUGGCGAUCCCAAGACUUUAUUAAGCACCGACGACUUUUAUGUCGGCCUCGUCACCGCCAACGCCACGGGUGAUACCACCACCACCAGUGGUGGCGCCGCGGCUGGUCGGUACCAGGUGUUCGUCUCAUUUUCGUUGCCGACCAGCAGUUGUCGAUUGGGUGAGGUGUUUCGGGCUGAAGCGAUGUUGUUGCCGCGACGUUGGCAUCAUGUGGCUCUAGAAGCAAGUUCGAGUGGGACUCGGUUCUUUGUCAACAACGCGUUGUUAGGUGAAACGACACAGAUGAAGAGCUUGUCCGGGACCUUGACAGUCGGUCAAACGGGCAGCUGCAGUGGUGCCAGCGGCUUCCUUGAUCAUCUCCUGCUUCUCCGCCGCCCCUGGAACCGGGCCUAUGUCGGACCUGCGAGACUUCUAGCAGCGGCGCCCGGAGGAUUGGAAACGAAGCUCAUCGGGACCGAUAUUUUACAGCCUCAAGUACUCGGCGCCUGCACCGACUUAUGGCGACUAUGCACUGUAGCCGAAAUCGCUGAACUGUACCCCUACCUCCGUAACGUCGGCCUACUCAAAACCCCUCGCACUCGUGUGUGGCACGCAAACUCUACCGACAGCCAAGACCGCGAAAGUCCUGGACUCCUCCUUUGCUGCAGACAAGAAACUGCCGCUGCCACUGCCGCCACCACAACACCACAGCCGUGCGUCAACUGA